AUGGAAUUUUGGUUUCCUGGAAUUGACCUAAACAAGCCAGUACAACAUGAGGGAUAUGAUCAGGGUAAUGCACAAGAUAAUACAGAGCAAGUUAGGAAGGAAGAAGUCCAACAUCAACAGGAAACUACAGGGCAAGGGGAGCAACCAACAGGCAAUUCUGGAAUGGAUGCAGGGGCAUCUGUAGAGUCUGUAGAUGCUGAAACAGGGAAUACAAUGUCAACUGAUGAUUCUGGUGAAGAGGAUGAAGUCCAGUCUACACCAAGUCUUACUCCAGUAGAGAAGCCGUACCCAGAUAUGUUGUUUGCAAGUUGGGAAGAAGCAAAAAUGUGCUACAACAAAUAUGCUAAGCAUGUUGGAUUCUCAAUCAAGUCAAGUACCUCAAGGAAAUCUACUGUUGACAAACAAACAGACAAAUACCUCUUUGUAUGCAACAAGAGUGGGAAAAACAUUGACAUUAACAAGCAGGAAGUUCCACCAGUUCGACAGCGUAACCGUACCAUUACUAAGAAGACUGACUGUAAAGCACGUCUUCGAGUAAAGAGAAGGGGCGACAAAUGGCGCGUUACAAUGUUCAUUGAGGAACACAAUCAUGCAUGUCUUAAAAAGUUUUCGCUGAAAAGGUUCUUAAGGUCACAUAAAGGAAUUCCUAAGGAAGAAAGGAAAUUUGUGAAGCUACUGCACAAGGUUAAUCUUUCUGCUGGUCGGGUGAUGUCCAUAAUGGCAAAACUGUAUGGGAAGCUUGCAAAUGUACCUUAUGAACGAAAAGAUGUCAGUAACUACAUGGCCUCCAUUGAUACUGCAGCACGGAAGAACAAUGACAUGUCGUUGCUACUGGCACACUUUGAGAAAGUAAAGGUACAUGAUCCAGACUUCUUCAAGAAAAUCGAUCUUGACCAUGAUGACAGGGUUAGAAGGAUAUUCUGGGUUGAUGGGCCAGCUCGAGCAGCAUACAAGAAAUACAAUGAUUUCUUGUCGUUUGACGCAACUUACAUGACAAACUGCUAUAGCAUGCCAUUUGCACCAUUCAUUGGCAUAAAUAGAUAUGGUCAAUCUAUUCAACUAGGAUGUGGUUUCCUACGCAACGAGCAGAUAGAAGAUUAUGUUUGGCUAUUUGAGGCUUUUCUUGAAGCUAUGGAUGGAGUCCAACCAAUCAAUAUUAUCACUGAUCAGGAUGCAUCAAUGAGAAGUGCCAUCUUGAGUGUAUUUCCUGAUUGUUGUCACCGGAAUUGUCGAUGGCACAUUAUGCAGAAUGCCCAAGGUGUGUUGGGUAAUGACAUGGCUAAAAAUGAACCCCUAAGGCUGGAGUUUAAUGCUACCAUUGACUACAGCAUGACAGUUGAGGAGUUUGAAACUAGGUGGGCAGAGAUGAUUUUGAAGCACAAUGUUGCAGACAACAAACACUUGCAGGAUCUUUAUGACAUGAGAGCUUCUUUUGUCCCUGCAUACUUUAAGGACAGAUUUUUUCCAUUCCUACAAACUACAACACGCAGCGAGGGUUUUAAUGCGGUGCUAAAAAGAUAUGUCACUCCACACAACAGCCUCUCCCAUUUCUUUGAACAAUACAUGAAGCUGCAGGAGAAAAUUGAUGUGGCAGAAGAUUCAAAUGAAUUCAAGGAGGAAGACAAAAUCUUCAGAUUUUGGGGAGAGUGGCCUCUGGAAGAGCAUGCUUUCCAAGUUUACACAAUGCCUAUAUACUUGCGUUUCCGGGCUGAGCUUCGGAAAGUUACAUCCUACAAUGCAAACCAUGUGGCUGGGCAGAUUUUUGAUGUAGUUCCAGUUGCUGGUUCUGUUUUUGGGUAUGGCAAAAGGACCUACAGAGUGGAAGCUAAUUCAGAGGAAGGCAUCUACAUUUGCGAGUGUUCUAAAAUAAACAGGGAUGGAUUAUUGUGCUGCCAUGCAUUGAGGGUAAUGGCGCAGUUAGGUGCUGUGAAUGAGAUUCCAGCGCACUACAUUUUGCCUAGGUGGACAGUACCCCCGGAUGAUAUUAUACCAGAAAAAGUGGAAUUGCCUCCUAUGCCAACUGACAGGAAGUUGUCCAACAAAGAAAGGAAACUACUAAGAUAUGGCACAUUAUGCAACAACUGGACUGAUUAUGCAAAAAUUGUAGCUGAAUCAGAGAAAGCUACAGCUUUAGCUGAAAAGUACAUGCGUGAGUUGGGUAAAGAAUUAGCCGCAAUGAAGAUUAGUGCUGCAGCCAAGAGGAAAGAUAAAAAACAAGCAAGCAAAAAUGAUGGAGUGACACCCGAGACUGAAAUUGGUGGUGAUGGUGGUCAAGGUAGCAGUACCCAGUACGAGCAUGUGAGGGACCCUAUACUUACUACAACUAAAGGCCGUCCUGAAGAGAAGAGGAAAAAUUCAGGGCUGCAUUUGAAGGCUUCAAAACCGCAGAAAUGCAGAGGUUGUGGUUCCGCACAACACUCUACAGCAGCAUGCCCAUCAAAGAUCACUCCUGCUCCAGAACAGAAAGAGUUCGAUUUCUUCCGCGAUAUGGUUUAG